GUGUGUGUGUGUGUGUGUUACAGGUGUACAGGAGUGUGUUGAUCUCAGGGAGGAGGAAGCUUCACUCGACCAACAACACAAACAAGCAGAGAUCGUCAACAGGGGGCAGUGAUGAGCCAGGUGGAGACAGCGGUCCAGUUCCUAUUCGCUCCGGCAUCACCUUGUCGCCCCCCCAGCACAGCAGUGCACCUUCCCCUCCCACCAACGCCUCAUACAGAAAGUCCGCCACUUGGCCCCCAGGGGGGGGCAGUGAGGAGGAGCGAGGAGACCUGAUCCACUUCUACAACAACGUUUACAUCAAACAGAUGAGACAGUUCACUUUGAGAUACUCACCCACCCCCCCGUCCGCAGGGGUGGAGCCCCCCCCCUCUCUUUGUCCUGACCCCUCCCUGAGGAUCGGCUCUCCUCGUCGGAUGCUUCUGUCCAGUAAACACUCCAUUUACAUUUCGCCACACAAGACAGGCCCCGCCCCCACGCUGACACCCCCCCGGGACAAGAUCUGUUACUACAUCUGCAGCAGCCCCCCUAACCGUCUCCAGGAGAUCAACAGCAUGAUCCAGAGCGGAGAGACACCGUCCAGGAAGCGCAGUCUGACUCUGGAGGAUGAGACGUCUCCUAAGAGGGUGUGUCCUGAUAAUCACUCUGCUCUGCUGCGCCGCCUACAGGACGUCGCCAACGACCGCAGCUCCUCCCACUGAGUUCACACUGUAAAUAACAGAUCUCUGGUCACGUGACACGCUUGUUCAGUCAUGCAACUUUAUUAUUCAUUUUAUUACUAACGCCAGGUAGACGCACAUGUUAACACUGAACUGUACGUGUGUGAUUUUAUUGAUUAUUUACAUGAAGUGAUGUCACCACUGCGUGUUUUUUAUUUUAAAACAAUUUGUAUGUUUUCUAACAUGUGAUUUUAUGAUUCUACAAACAGCGUGAUGGUCAAUCACGUGUAAACAUGUGUCAGGUCACUUGUGUAAAUAUGUAAAAAGAAAAGAAAGUUAUUUUAAUGCCUUUGAUUUUUAUCUGUAAAACAAUAAACCUGUA